GCCCUUACAUUAUUACAGCAAUCCAAGGUAAAAGUGCAGAUCUUCAGGAUUCCAAUGGGACAAUCAUUCCAAAAGUAAAUAUUGACCAACUAAAGUUAAGCAAAGACAGCAUGCCAAGAGUGCCACACCGGGGUUCAAAGAAAACAGCAGCCACAUUACCAACAGCACAACCAGGUCCAGCAGCACCACAAGCUGCAGCAGCACCAGCAUCUGCUCUAGCUUCACAGGCUACAGCAGCACCAGUGGCGGUAGCACCACCACCACCUCCUCCUAGAGCUACACAGCCUACAGCACCAAUGGCAUCACUUACAUCACUAUCGGUUCAAACACAACAUCCAUCUCCAGUUCCACAAGGUAUAGCAAUAACGGUAUCAGAUCCAGAGUCAGGAGCAACACCACAGAAAGAGAACGAACCAGCCACAAGUGCUACAGCACCAGAAUAUGCUACAGCUGUACAAACCGAAUCCCAAACAGCAGCAGACCCAGCCUCAAAGACCAUAACAGCAGACCAGGCCUCACAAACCACAACGGCAGACCAGGCCUCACAAACCACAACAGCAGACCCAGCCUCACAAACCACAGCGGCAGCAGACCCAUCCUCACAGACCACAGCUCCAAAUGCUACAACCACACAAGCCUCAGCUCCACAGAUUACAGCCCAGCAAUCUACAGCACAAACCAUGGAAGCAACAGUUCCACUUGUGACACCAGCCCCAGCAACAGCCACACAAGCUAGCCCUGCACCACCUCCAGCAUCACCAUCUCAGAGAUACACUGAACCUGUUGCAGAGAAAUAUAUAAUGGAUGCCUGGACUGGAAAGAGUCCUCACGUUCUACUCUCCAAAAUUGGUGCUUACAAAUUAUUCUACUGGGAUAUCCAACAAAUUGGUCUGGACAUGGAGUUGGAAAGUGAGUCUAUUAAUGCAUAUCUUGCGAUCAUGGUGAGACAAUGCAAUCGCCAUAAUUCAGCCAAAGCAGCAUUCAUUGAUUCAUUUUCAAUGACUGCCAUUUGGAAGAGAAAAGCUCCAAGACUCAAGAUCAAACCCAUGGAGCAUGAAGUGAUUCUGGGAAUUGUAAAUGAACAUCAUCACUGGACAUUAGUGAAAAGAAGUCGCUGUAUCUUGAUCCACUCGGAGAAACUAAACAAGGUAUCCAAAAUUGUUUGGAAUCAACAAGGUAAGGAUAACUGCUCAAAUUUAUUUCGACCCUUUAUUAAACUCUUUGUUGCUGUUGUUAUUUUUGUGUUUAUUAUGACAAUUACAAGUAUGAUGUCAAUCAAAAAAUAAAUGGUACUCAGAAUUAAAAAACUAGCAGCAACAGGUUUAAAUUUUGGUGUUCGUCUUCUGAUAUUGUGGUGUUAUGGGUUAAUUUUGCCUUUAAAGAAAAGUCUCCCCAUGUUUCAAUGUUUAUUUGAGGACCUGAUGUCUGUAUGAGAUGAUGUUUUUACAUUAGAAAAUAUAGCACGGGGAUAAUAAUGUUUAGUAGUUGCAUAAAGUGUUGCGGAGGUUUAGCACUAAAACAUCAGACAAAUGUCUAAAAUAAUUUCACAUAGGUUAUACAUGUGUGAAUUUCAUCUUUGCUUCUCCUCCACAUCUCUUCAAAGUGUACUGUGUAAGUGAUUGAUUUCUAUAUCAUGGGAGGAAACAGGAAAAUAAAAGCACAAGUAAUUGUCCACGAAAAUGCGUUGUAGACUUUUAAAAAGUAAUGAUUUUAACAAAACAGUGUGGUCAGUGUUCUUAACUUGAUGUUCAACAGACACUUAAGCUCUCCAUACUGUUCAUCUUUUUGUGUCACCAAAAUUUUAAAACAUGUUAUUUGUUUUUAUUGUACUUGUC